GCGCAGGCUCGGCUGGACAUGGAGAGUGCCCUGACUGCCAGAGACCGGGUGGGAAUCCAGGAUUUUGUCCUUCUGGAUGAAACCACAGAAGCAGCUGUCAUCAGCAACUUAAAGAAACGUUUCAACAAGGAUCUCAUUUACACGUACAUCGGCACGUUGCUGGUGUCCGUCAACCCCUAUAAGGAGCUGGACAUCUACAGCCAGAAACAGAUGGAUGUCUAUAUGGGCGUCAACUUUUUUGAGCUUCCACCACACAUCUAUGCCUUAGCAGACAACGCCUACCACACCAUGCUGACAGAGUUCAACAAUCACUUCGUCCUCAUCUCUGGUGAGAGUGGAGCGGGGAAAACCGAGGCCUCCAAGAAGAUCCUGCAGUAUUACGCUGUCAGCUGUCCGAGCACCACCUUACUGAACACCGUCAGAGACAAAAUGCUCAUGUCCAACCCUGUCCUGGAGGCUUUUGGUAACGCAAAAACACUGAAAAACGACAAUUCGAGUCGAUUUGGGAAAUACAUGGACAUCCAGUUUGACAGUCAGGGCGAUGCUGUUGGAGGCCACAUUCUGAACUACCUGCUGGAGAAGUCGAGGGUUGCGCAUCAGAAUCACGGGGAGAGAAACUUCCACAUCUUUUAUCAGCUGGUGGAGGGAGGAUCAGACAACUUGCUGCAGCAGCUGGGCCUGGAGAGAGACUGUCAGCGAUACAACUAUCUCACACAAGGGCAGUGUGCCACUGUGUCGUCUAUUAAUGACAGGAAUGAUUGGAAAUCUGUGAAAAAUGCUCUACAAGUCAUUGACUUUGAUGAAACAAACACCGGUCACUUGUUUGAGGUCGUUGCAAGCGUUCUCCACUUGGGGAAUGUUCAGUUUGACGCAGACGGAAAAGGUCAUGCACUUCUGAACGACAACACGGAUCUGGACUGGGUUUCAAAUCUUUUAGGUGUGGAUGCCAACAAGCUUCUGGAGGACCUUACGUUCAGGAAGAUUGAAGCCAAACGUGAACAGGUCCUCAGUCCAUUUACGAUUGAUCAUGCCAUCUAUGUCAGAGACGCCCUGGCUAAAGCCAUCUAUGGGCAGACCUUCACAUGGCUGGUCAACAGGAUCAAUGAGACAAUAGAGAACAAGGACUCCUCACGGAAGACGGUCAUAGGACUUUUGGACAUUUAUGGAUUUGAGGUGUUUUAUGUAAACAGUUUUGAGCAAUUCUGCAUAAACUACUGCAACGAGAAGCUGCAGCAGCUUUUUAUCCAGCUGACACUCAAAGCCGAGCAGGAAGAAUAUGAAGCAGAAGGAAUCGAGUGGGAACCAGUUCUGUUCUUUAACAACAAGAUCAUCUGUGACCUGGUUGAGGAGAAGCACAGAGGAAUCAUUUCAGUACUGGAUGAAGAGUGUCUGAGGCCAGGUGAUGCCACAGAUCUCACAUUCCUUGAAAGGUUGGAAGAAAAGAUGGGGAAUCACCCCCACUUUGUCACGCACAAACUGGCUGACAAAAUGAUACGCAAGACUAUGGAGAGAGGAGAUUUCCGUCUUUUGCAUUAUGCCGGGGAGGUCACCUACUGUGUUGUGGGUUUCCUGGACAAAAACAAUGACCUGCUAUACAGAAACAUAAAAGAUCUGAUGUGUAGGUCCAAAAAUGCUAUAGUCAGUGAGUGCUUCUCCAGCAUGGAUCUAGACAACAAGAAAAGACCAGAAACAGUAGUGACCCAGUUUAAGAGCAGCCUGCUGAAGCUGACAGAGAUGCUCAUGGCUAAAGAGGCCUGGUACAUACGCUGCCUGAAAUCGAAUGAGUCUAAGCAGCAAGGUCAGUUCGAUGAGGCGUUGAUCAGACACCAGGUGAAGUACCUGGGCCUGAUGGAGCACCUCAGGGUCAGAAGAGCUGGUUUUGCUUAUCGACGAAAAUACGAGGACUUCUUAAAGAGGUACAAGCCUCUGUGCCCAGCCACCUGGCCUCACUGGAGAGGACAGCCUGCUGAUGGUGUCGAGCUGCUGGCUCAACAUCUGGGUUACCUGCCUGAUGAGUACAAAAUGGGACGAACCAAGAUCUUCAUUCGGCAUCCCAGGACACUUUAUGCCACAGAAGAUGCUUAUGAGAAAUGCAAACACGACCUGGCAACACGACUCCAGGCCAAAUACAAAGGAUACAAGGCAAAGGGAGAGUUCCGGAAACAGAAAGAAGCAGCAACUAAGAUUGAAAGUUGUUGGCGAGGAGCUCAGGCAAGAAAGGAAAAAGAGAAAAGAGCCUGGGCUGUAAAGGUCAUCAAGAAAUUCAUCAACGGUUACAUAAACAGAGGGCAAGCAAAAAACACGGAUAACUCCGAGUAUCUGGCCUUUGUGAGGCAAAGUUACUUGAACAGACUGAAAAAUAACCUGCCAAAGACAGUUCUGGAUAAAACCACGUGGUUAACUCCUCCAUCUGUGCUGACAGAGGCAUCAGAGAUGCUGCGUAAGCUUCACUACCGUCUGAUGGUGCGGAAGUACGUGAGAGGAAUCACACCUCAGAAGAAAGUGCAGCUUCAGAUGAAGUUUGUUACAAGCUCUAUCUUCAAAGGCAAAAAGGAAAAUUAUCCACACAGCAUCACUCAGCCUUUUGUGAACUCAAGAAUCAGUGACCAAGAGAUAAACAUGGGAGUCCUCAGUAUGAUUCGCAAGGAGCAAAUUAAGUACAGCGUUCCAGUGAUUAAAUAUGACAGGAAUGGCUUCAAACCGAGGCCAAGGCAGUUCAUCCUCACUCAAACUGCUGCUUAUGUGGUGGAGGAGGCCAAAAUCAAACAGAGAGUGCUGUACAUGUCCCUCAAAGGGAUUUCUGUAAGCAACUUAUCUGAUGGCAUCAUUGUAUUCCACAUAACACGUGAAGACCCCAAACAAAAAGGAGAUCUGAUAAUUCAGUGUGACCAUUUGUUUGAGUGUCUGACCCAACUUAGCAUCAUUGCUAACAAACAGAGUGCUAUCAAAGUGGUCCAGGGCAGCAUAAAGGUCGAAAUCCAGCCAGGAAAAGAGACCGCAGUAGACUUUAGCACUGGACAGGAGCCAAUGGUGUACAAAGCCAAGAAUGGACACCUCAUGGUGGUUGCCACUCGUACAAGGACACGGUGA